UUUGUGCAAGGUUUUUUUGUUAACAAAAAUACACUCGUUCGUGCUGAGAAAGAAACCUGUCCCUCGAUUGCGUGCACUGUUGCUGGUGGUGUUUCGUUUUCUGUGUUUUUGCCGCUUCAGUUCACCGUUUCCGAUGUGGCGAGUGGAAAUAGUGAAGAGAACCGACAAAUGUCACCACCCAAAGGUCUGAGGUGGCACGAGGCGGAUAUUGCACCUCUCCUAGCCCACGGGUAGGGCAGAGGAAGAGCGUGGCGAGGGGAGCUCCUCUGGACCGUGUCCGCUACCAGAACGCAUCGAGCAUUCCGUGGCAGCACAGGGAGAUUCCUUUGCGUAACUUUCGCAUACCGUUCGACGACGUCGGUGAUCUCAGGCCUCAGCGGUUUGAGUGUUCUUGACCAAAAAAAAGAAAAGGAUUACUAAACACCUGCACAGCUCCGUGGCGUUGCGUGUUCGAGGAGUGAAAUUUGCUACCGGGAAAAGGAGCGAAACGACACACGCAGAUAAAAGCCGAAGCAAAAAUGGCAACAGCACCGGAGAUGGAAAGUUUGCGGUCCGAAAUCGAGCGGCUGACGCGGGAGCUCGAUCAGGCCAGCAGUGAAAACAUUCAAUCGGCUCAGUACGGGCUGGUGUUGCUCGAGGAGAAACAGAAUCUGCAAGCCAAAUGCGAAGAACUGGAAUCAAUGUACGAUCACACCAAGCACGAGCUCGACAUUACACAAGAGGCACUGCAAAAGUUCCAAAAAACUCAACAAGUGACCACCAAGUCAGGCAUCGAGCAGGAAGAUGCACUCCUCAACGAGUCGGCGGCGAUGGAAAUUUCGCUCAACCAACAGAUUGUGGAGCUGGAAAACGAAACGAAGCAGUUGCGCCACGAGCUGGACAGGGUCACCAGCGAGCGGGAUCGUAUGCUGCAGGAAAAUGCCGAAAUCGGACGCGACAAGUCCGGCACCGAGGCGGAACGGGCCCGCCUGAAAGCCGAACUGAAGGACAUGAAGUACCGAGAGGCACGCAUGUUGGCCGACUACUCGGAGCUCGAGGAAGAAAACAUUUCCCUCCAGAAGCAAGUGUCCAACUUGCGCAGUUCGCAGGUGGAGUUUGAAGGAGCGAAGCAUGAAAUCCGAAGGCUUUCGGAAGAAAUUGAGCUGCUGAACUCACAGGUGGAAGAGCUUGCUAGUCUUAAGAAAAUUGCCGAGAAGCAGAUGGAAGACGCCUUGACUGCGUUGCAAGUGGAGCGAGAAAAUAAAUACGCUUUGAAGAAGGAGCUCGAUACACAUAUCAAUCGUGAAUCAAUGUACAAUAUCAGUAAUCUGGCAUAUAGUAUACGUGGCAUGGAAGAAAGCGCCCUCAACAGCAGUGACUGCGAAGAAGAAAACUCUACCCUCAAACGGCUCGAGGCGUCGCUGGAAGCGGAAACAGCAGACCUGAAGUCACCGGAUGGCACGAAAGUGGAUCUAUUCUCCGAGAUUCAUCUAAACGAGUUGAAGAAGCUGGAGAAACAGCUCGAAACGAUGGAGAACGAAAAGCUCUGCUUGACUGCCAACCUGCGCGAUGCCCAGCAAAACCUCGACAAGAGCCAGAACGAUCUGCAGAACUUUAUGGCCAAACUGAUGCUGAUGGCAGCCCACGUCGACGCCCUCCACAAUCUCAAGAAGCAGAUUCAGAUCGAGGAAAACAUUACCGCUGUGCCCAACAACAAAGACAAGGAGAUGAACGAAAAGCUAAACGAGGCGAUCAUGAAGUACUCGAGUUGGUUCACGUUGAGUGCGAAGGAAAUCGACACUCUACGGACCGAUCUGGCCGAGCUGCAGAAAGGGCUUAACUGUUCCGAUGCGAUGGCCGUGUUGCGUAACGAAGUUACGAACCUGAAGAACAAGCUUUUAUCGGUGGAACACAAAUCUCUCGACCUACACAGUGACAUCCAGGUGCUAACGGCCCUUUCUCAGACGGCUGGCCAAAGUUUGAGCACGACGCGCAGCAAUUUGGUUACACUAAGUGACGAUCUUGCUCAGCUCUACCAUCUGGUGUGCACGGUCAAUGGUGAAACCCCCAAUCGCGUGCUGCUCGAUCACAAGAACGAUGAUCUUAGCUUCGAAAACGAUUCACUGACGGCAAUUCAGUCGCAGCUCAAGUCCGACAUUCUCACCUCGAAGCCGCACGUGUUCGAGGAUCUGCAGGCACUGAGCGAUGCGGUCGAAAUCCGCAAGUACGUCGACACGGUCAGCGACCAAAUCCGGUACCUCAAGACGGCGGUCGAACACACGAUCGAGCUGAACAAGGACAAGGUGGUGACGGAUUCGUCCGUCGUGUCCUCCGGCGAUGCCAAAGAGGCAAAAGAAGAGAUCGCCGAUCUGCACGAACAAAUCAUCAAGCUGCGCAGCCUGCUGUCGACGAAGCGGGAACAGAUUGCCACGCUGCGCACGGUGCUCAAGUCGAACAAGAAUACCGCCGAGGUGGCUCUGACCAACCUGAAGUCGAAGUACGAGAACGAGAAGCUCGUGGUCAGCGACACAAUGUCGAAGCUGCGAAACGAGCUGCGUAUCCUGAAGGAGGAUGCCGCCACAUUCUCGAGUCUCCGAGCAAUGUUUGCCGCUCGCUGUGAGGAGUACGUAACGCAGGUGGACGAACUCACCCACCAGUUGUCGGCCGCCGAGGAAGAGAAAAAGACUCUCAACCAACUGCUGCGGUUGGCAGUGCAACAGAAGCUGGGAUUAACGCAGAAGCUCGAAGAACUCGAGAUGGACCGUGAAAUGCGUCACGUACGCCGACCGGCCGUAUCGCAGCGCGGUGGUGGAGGCGGAGGUGGCACCGGCGGAGGUAAGUCGGCCUUUUCACGUGGGCAACCGGCCCGCAACAGUCUGCAAAACCCGAACAACAGCAACAAUCCGAACCAGGCGUUCUUCUAACAUAAGGUGAGCGUGCAGCGCAAAAUUCUGGCUUUCCUCCAUACGCUCUUGAAGCUGUAAACGGGAGAGCACGGGCAGUGAACCGCGACCGUGAACGAAUCUGUUGAACUAAAC